AUGAAUUCAGAGCCUGUCGUAAUAGAAGAUGAUGAUAUUGAUAACGGCACUGUAGUCGUCAUUGAUGAUGAUGUAAAAAUAAUUGAACAGAAACCUGUUUCACCUAUCAUAAUAGAUGAUGAUCCACAAGCAGAAUCAAAUGAAGUGAUAUAUAAUAACAAUGCGGGGAGUGAAACUAACAUAUUAUCAAAAACCGAUAGCGAUGCGGAAAGAACAUUUAGAGCCAAUCUUCGCAACAACAACUUAAUGGACAUAAUAAUACAAACAUGCAUGAAUAUGCCAAAUGGUGCUGGCAUGGAACGAGUGAUUAAGAAAACACUUGUACCUUUAUACAGAGACUCAAAUCCUAUCUUAAAACAGUCUAAAACGUUAACUAAACUCUUAAAAAAUAUGCAUAAAAUGUUGCUGAAGGAUCCCGACCACAAGUUCUUGCAUAUAAAGACAUUGUGUGAGGAGCUAAAGUCUGGGAGAAUGAGAAAGAAAGUGCCUUUUGUUACGUUGGCUACUAAUUUGAGAGAUAAUAACAAAUUUUUAGACUCGACAGACACUCAGACUGACAUGUGGCAUAGUGGACCAAGUGAAGAAACAAACACAUUUAAUACUGUAACAGAGGUAGAGGUAGUAGAAUGUGAAGAUGACAUCCAAGAAAAUCCCAAACCACAAAAGAGAAAAUAUAAUACAAAAAGUCGAAAAAGAAAACCCAAAAGGCUAACUGCAAAACGACGUAAAAAGAUAUCUAAUACUGAUAAUACAAAGACUGAUGUUAUAGAAUUAGACAAUUCCGAUAGUGAAAAUGAUAACUUGAAUACAAGUGUAGAGGCAACUGCCUCCGUAGCAAAUGAAGAUUGUGAAAGAACAUGCCCUAAUCCUUCUACUGGAGAAGAUUCAAAUAAAGAAAAUAAUGUAAGCUACCAAGAAAACGAUAGUAAUGAAAAUAAGACAGAAAAAGAACAUAAUGAAAGUGAACUCGAAAAAGAAAGUAAUGGGAACAAAAUGGAAAAAGAAAAUAAUCAAAACAAAUUAGAACAUGAAAACGACAAAUUUGUACAUAAAAUUAACACACUCUUUUACAUUCCCUUUAUUCCAAUAAUUCAGGAGCCACAACUUUCUGUAAAUAGUACUUCAAUACAGAAUUCAAUUCUUACCUUAAAUGCUUUGAUUCAGAAUCCAGUCCCCAAAGACAAAGAAAUAUCUAAAACAGUAGCAGUCAUUGAAUAUAAUGCAUCUCAAACUGAAAACAACCUGCGUUUAGAAGAUGACAUCGAGGUAUUCAUACCACAAACGCAUAUUGAAAAUCAGUGUAAAGCAUUAGAUGAUACUCCUAAUAGUAUUAAUAUUACAGAAACAUGUAGCAAUAACGACACUUUAAUUAAUCAAUAUAAAGGUAGCACAGAAUUUGUAAGGGUUCAAGACAUUGUAAUUCCUAAAAAUCCCAUGGAAAAUGAACUUGUUCAAGACCUUUUGGCUCCUAAAAACCCCAGGGAAAAUGAAACAGAACAGGACCAUUUGUUUCCUAAAAACCCCAGGGAAAAUGGAACAGAACAGGAACAUAUGGUUCCUAAACACCCCACUGAAAAUGGAAUACAUGCGAAGUUAUUAGUUCCCAGAAACCAAACAGAAUUUGUAAGGGUUCAAGACAUUUUAAUUCCUAAAAAUCCCAUGGAAAAUGAACUUGUUCAAGACCUUUUGGCUCCUAAAAACCCCAGGGAAAAUGAAACAGAACAGGACCAUUUGUUUCCUAAAAACCCCAGGGAAAAUGGAACAGAACAGGAACAUAUGGUUCCUAAACAGCCCACUGAAAAUGGAAUACAUGCGAAGUUAUUAGUUCCCAGAAACCAAACAGAAAAAGAAAUAGUUCAGAAUCUUUUGGUUCCUAAAAACCCCAACCAAAAUGGAAUAGAUCAGGACCUUUUGGUUCCAAAAAGCCAUGUAGAAAUGAUUGUCUCAGAUGAUAAGCCGUAUGACCCUAAGACUGUAGCUUUUUAUGAACGUUGUAUUGCGUCAUAUAAGAAAGAGUUAGCAGAGUUAGAAGAACUAGAAGUGACUACUGAUAGUCCAAAAUUUUCACCGUAUGUCCUGUGUGGCAAGCUCAAAGAGAAAAUAGUGGAUACUUACAAAAAAAUAUGUGAAAUCAAAGGCAGUACUGCGGCAAUUGCGAAAAGGUGUGAGAUCAGGUUGAAUGUGGCUGAAGGCCAUCAUCCGGGACCAGCUAAACAACUGGAACGGUUUCUUAACAGUACCAUCGGUGAAGACGGCUUGGUAAAGUUCCCGGACUUUCAAGAUGUGUUACAAUGCGUGUAUACGUCAAACAGGGAAGAAAAUCUAGAUUGGAAUUCUAACCAAAUUUUUAAAGAAGCCUCAGCUUUGUUCGUCCAAUGCGGGCAAGCGCUACGUAAGCGCCGACAGAAGCGAGAGUACCAGGACCUCAUGAGCAUCUUGCGGGACAAGGAAAUAGAGGACGACGACCCGGCUGAGAAAGACCCACUGUUGCUCGCUAAACUUGAAGAAAAUAAACAAAUAGCCAAAUACAAUGAAGAUCAGAUUCUAAACAGAUUUGCAGCAAUGGAAAAUCUAAGGAACCCCGUCCAUGGAGGAAAUAGUACGGUAAUAUUCGAAUCUGAUAAUGAUUCUAGCAUAGACAGCGCACCUGACGACUGUGAAGACGAUAUACUUUCAAAUCAAAAUGAAAGAAACCAAAAUAGCACCGUCACUAGCCAUGCUAAAGAUACACUUGACAUAAAUUGUAAAAGUCCUAGUUUAUUAAAGACUAUUUUAUUAGGAGACGCUAUGGGAUGUUACCAAACAAAUAUUAACAAUAGCGUUAUGAAUGCAUCUUCGUGUGAAAACCGUGCCUUAUUGAAUUAUUCAUCGCAAUCUAGUUCAGUGGACAAUAUCGCCCAAGAUUUAAUAAUCUUGAGAAAGAUCGAAUCUUCAUCACCAGUAUUAGAAAAUGUUGGAAACUCAUCACCUGAUGAUAAACACUUGCCACAGAAAACUAUUGAAAGCUUAGCUAUAAAUGUAACAGAUAACGAAGUAGUCAGUAAAAAUAAUUGUGAAGUAGAUAACAUAGGUCAGGAAAAAAUUUGUACAGAUAAUAUCAAAGAAGAAAAAGAAACUAUAAAAAUUAACUUCAGUGAACCAAUAGAUAGUAUUAGUUUUAUGCCAAAUUGUAAUAAUAAUUGUAGUACUAAUACUGAUUUUAUGGAAUCGAAUAUUAAAAUAGAAACGACUGUAAAACUAGAGCGGUUAGAUAUUGAAGCAAUGUUAAAAGAGCGAGGUGAUAACUUUGAAUGUACUGUAUUUGAUAUUGAAGAUCCUUUCCUAGUCAUAGAAAUAUCUUCCGAUGAAUAUUCAGAUGAAGACGACUUAUAA